AUGUCAAGAAUGGGCCUCAGAGUAAUCAUCCUCCUGAACCAACCCACACCCCUUGACCGUACAGGUCGUGGCUUGAGAUGGCUCUUUGUGGCGAAUCUGGCGAGUCCUAAACCUGUCGACAUGCGUCUCUUUGUCGGCUUUUUCGUACUUCUCGCGAGCCUCAACGAUCGAGCAGUGACUUUCGCUGCCCCUGCAAGUCGGUCAAUCAUCACUGAAAUUAAGUCGCGCAAUGUUGAAAGAAUUUUAGAAAUUCUCAACAUCACCCAUCCGAUUCCCGAAAUCCUGCAUUGCGACAACCAGCAAAAGGAAACCAUAACCUUCGCCUGGCUGGACGCAACUCUGCAAAUCGACCAAGCAUACCCCGCAAUUACUUCGCCCAUCUACGAUGACACCUUAGGCAACACGAAGCCCCGGACAAUCAUCUUCGAAAUCUUGCAUCAAGUCCAAGACCUAAUCCCCAUCCCCGGCUCACCCGCACUGAGCCCCGCUAAGAUCGCAUGCAUCAACUCACACACAAUGGACGACUACCCAGCCUUCCUCCCGCUCCUUUACACUGGCUGUCUAUCCGGGGGCGACACUCCCAUCAUUGGCGUGACCUUCUACGACACCUUAUUCAUCUGCGACGCCUUCUGGCACCUCCCUCCGUUUCCAGAACCUCAUGGCGAGACGGCGUGUCCGCCCAUGCUUCUCAACCAUUAUCCGGUGAAUGGCCAAUUUCCCAUGGCGCAGAGCACGGCGCUGCUGCAUAAGGCCGUGCAGAUCUAUGGCGGCGAGUACAUCGAUUUGAAGCUGAGGGAUUUCGUUAAUGUCGAUAUGGCGGUCUUUACGAGGCAGGAGCCUACUACGCUGAAUGUGGCCGUCUUUCUGUAUCGUGAGUCUGUGUUUGCUGGAGUAAGUGUUGCGGCUGAUGGGUGCGAUAGUGGCGACGAAUUUGUGCUAUAA